CUGGGGAAGCAGACGAGGCUCUCUGCUCUCCUCACCUCCGCUCUUUCAGACUUUCAUGAGCUCCUCUUGUGUUGUUUAUGUUUGCCUGUCUCCUCAUCUUAGCCCUGAAUCUUCUGCGUGAAAUAGAACGAAGGAGAAGAAGAGGAUUUCCUUCGGUCUCGCCUCUCACCUUUACACUAAUCUUUUUCAGCGCUGCUUUGGGCCUGCAAGAUUAUAUUCUCCAUCCAUCCCAUCAUCUUUUAAACCCCGUCUUCUCCCCUUUUUUCCUGUCUUUCUGUCCCUCGCUGUGGAACUAAAUCUCCAACCUGCCACCACUGGAGUCCUCGCAGAUGUCCGCAGCCUGGCGCUGAAGCGGGCGCUUGCCAGCAGCCCAGAUGCAUUUGCAACUCUUUGCCAUUGUGAUUAUCUUGCUGUGUGAGGUGAUCAAAAUGGGCUCUGGCGCCGUGCAGAAGCAAAGUGCUCACAGAGAGACAUCACACGAUUGUCGAAGCUGUCUGGAGUGUUCCCGGGACAACGGCUGUGUGCGUUGCCCCGAGCGACUCUUCCUGUUCCUGCAGAGGGAUGGGAUGUCUCACCAUGGGACCUGUCUCCACGCCUGCCCCCCUGGACACUUUGGACAGAGAGGGAAGGACAUCAACCGCUGCAUGAGGUGUCGCUCUUUGGACUGUGAGCACUGUUUCGACCGGGAAUUCUGUACCAAGUGUAAACCAGGCUUCAAGAUGUCCAGCGGCAAGUGUGUGACACACUGCCCGGCAGGAACCUACGCCCACCAAACUGACUGCCUUGAGGACGGUCUCUUGGCUCCAUUGGGAGAAUGGAGCGAAUGGAGCGCCUGUCUCCGUGAAGGCGUCACCUGCGGCUUCAGGUGGGGCAAGCAGACCAGGACCCGGAUAGGCGGGCCGUCCGGGAGAACGCCUGAAGAGAAGGCAGCAUCACUUUGUCCGUCGCACAGCGAGACACAGAGGUGCAGGAUGAAGAAAAAGUGUCCCACAGAAAGAAGACAGAAUAAAAAAGGAGGAUUUGGGAGGAAGAGGAAACGACAGCGGCUGCUCGCCAACGACAUCGCUGGAAACUCAGCGAACGCAACGACAGAGAGCGCCAUGGAGCAUGAGGAGGCCUGAGGAGGCCUGAGGAGGGGAGGCACACUGCGCACCCCCCACCCAACACCUGUCGGAACAUCCGUCAGCAGCAGCUUUGUAUUCUCCAGCCUUAUUAUCCGCCCCUCCAAUCUGAUAUUGCACAGUGAAGCUACAGUAAGGUGUAGCAUGGGUGGAGAUUCCUUAUCUUUUCAGAGCUCAUUAAACAUAUCCUGUCUAUCCAUUGGCUCGCCUCUGUCAGUCUAAUAUUUAUCAAUAUUUCCACGCAGAUUACAUGAAUGUAUGUUUCCAUAAAUGUAUAUUUUGAUGCUGGUACACAUUUUUAUUUACAUAUUUUUACCGACUGCACGCCUAUAACUAUGUACAGAAGUGUGAGUUCUGCUUCCUUCAAAAUUGAGACAUGUUUUGU